UGGCGGGAAGAUCUCGAGAGGCGAGAAAUUGUAAUAAAAAUGGCUGACAGGGAGAAUGUCUCUCAAGAAGAAUCCUCAGUAACUUCACCAAUGUCAGUGCCACCUGCCGCCCUACAGACCUCAGAUAUCACUUCACCUCCUCCCGUUGAAGAGGAGAGGGAGGAGGAGUCUUCCCAGAGAAGACGAUGUAGGACCGACCCCUCCAGUCCCUUUAGUUCCAACAUAUUCUCACCUCCGGCUCCCUCUAACGUAUUACCAUCCUCCGAGAUAGACUUAAGCUCUCCGCUUACUUUUGGUACGCCUUCCUCAAGGGUUGGUGGGCCGGGCUCUAAUCGCGGUGCCACGCCUGUACGCCCACGUGGGGAUCUGGGUCAGUCUCAAAGACUAAGAGAAAUCAACGUUGCUGUUUUAGACGGGACCACCUCCAGGGCGGGGCAGACAAGCGAUGCUGGAGGUGACGUCAAUAUGGUCGUAUGGGGAACUGAUGUCAAUGUUUCCGAGACUAAGAGACAGUUUAAGUUGUUCCUAAGACAGUUCAUUAAUGAUCUUCAUGAUCCUGAUGGAGUUGAUGAUGAUGACCAGAUGCAGGGGCAAGAUGCGAUGGAACCAUUUUAUAUGACGCGUCUUGAAGUGAUUAAUUGUCUAGAGGAGCCUUAUCUAAAUGUUAAUGCGGCUCACCUCCACCAGUUCAACCCUGACCUUUAUUCUCAUCUUAUCCGGUAUCCUCAAGAAGUCAUUCCAACAUUUGACAUUGGAGCUAAUGAACUGUUUCGGGAACUGUAUCCGGACAGCAAUUUGCCAUUUCAAAUAGAAGUAAGAGCUUAUAAUGCAGAGAGAACAAAGAAUAUGAGAUCUCUUAAUCCUGAGGAUAUUGAUCAGUUGAUUACAAUCAGUGGAAUGGUGAUUAGAUCUUCGCCAAUUGUACCAGAAAUGAGAGAAGCCUUCUUCCAAUGUUACAUUUGUCACGCAACUCAAUCAGUUGCUAUUGAUCGUGGGCGUAUUGCUGAGCCAGCAGUGUGCUCCAGCUGUGAGGCACUCCAUAGCAUGGCUUUGAUACACAACAGAUCUUACUUCACUGAUAAGCAAGUGAUUAAACUCCAGGAAUCACCUGAGGAUAUGCCACCAGGACAGACCCCACACACUGUCCUCCUUUAUGCUCACGAUGAUCUUGUGGAUAAAGUCCAGCCAGGAGACAGGAUCAUUGUUACUGGGGUCUAUCGUGCUGUUCCGCUGAGAGUCAAUCCAAGAGCAAGGACAGUAAAGAGUGUUUACAAGACCUACAUCGACGUGAUACACUACAAGAAAACUGACAGCCGUCGACUGAGAGAGAGGGAGAGUGAAGACGAUGACGAAGAUGAGCAAAGGAAUUUAUUUACUCCUGAGCGUGUACAACAGUUGAUGGAAUUAUCAAAAACUCCAGACAUAUACGAGAGACUGGCACAUGCUUUAGCUCCAAGUAUCUAUGAAAACAUUGACAUUAAAAAAGGAAUAUUGUUGCAGUUAUUUGGCGGAGCUCGUAAAGACUUCAAAAAUGCUGGCAGGGGACAUUUCAGAUCUGAAAUCAACAUAUUGCUAUGUGGAGAUCCUGGUACCAGUAAAUCUCAACUAUUGCAGUAUGUUCAUAAGUUAAUGCCACGUGGUCAGUAUACGUCUGGUAAAGGUUCCAGUGCCGUUGGUCUCACUGCUUACGUUACUAAAGACCCUGACACUAAGCAACUGGUCCUGCAAACUGGUGCUCUUGUUUUGAGUGAUAAUGGUAUAUGCUGCAUUGAUGAGUUUGACAAGAUGAAUGACAGUACCAGGUCCAUUCUUCAUGAAGUAAUGGAACAGCAGACCCUCUCUAUAGCAAAGGCUGGUAUCAUCUGCUCACUCAAUGCCCGUGCUUCUAUCCUAGCAGCUGCUAACCCUCGCAUGUCCAGCUGGGAUGAGAAACUAACAGUAGUCGAGAACAUACAAUUGCCACAUACUUUAAUGUCACGUUUUGAUUUAAUAUUUUUGAUGCUUGAUCCACAAGAUGAGCAGUUUGACAGACGAUUGGCAACGCAUCUUGUCUCUUUGUAUCAUCAGACAAAAACUGAAGAGGAGUCUGACUACAUGAACAUGGCUACUUUAAGGGAUUAUAUUGGCUAUGCUCGUAAAUAUGUUCAUCCCUCACUCUCAGAAGAGGCUGGAGAGACCCUGGUCAAUGCCUACAUCAAUAUGCGUAAAGUUGGUAGCAGUCGUGGGGCAGUGAGUGCUUACCCUCGUCAAUUGGAAUCACUUAUUAGACUAGCAGAAGCACAUGCAAAAAUGAGAUUUUCUAAGACAGUUGAGAUUGUUGAUGUUGAGGAAGCUAAAAGAUUGCAUAAAGAAGCUUUGAAGCAAGCAGCCACUGAUCCAAAGACUGGCAUAAUUGAUGUUGGUAUACUAACGACUGGGGUUAGCAGCUCUGAGAGACAGAGAAGGGAGUUGCUAGCCAAAGAACUUCGUAAGCUAUUGCAGUCAAAGUCCAGAGGAGGAGCACCACUAAAGCAAGCAGAGAUGUUUGAAGCAAUGAAAGAACAAUCACAAGCAGUCAUCACUCAGCAGUUGUUUGAAGCUGCUCUAAAAUUAUUGCAAGAUGAAGACUUCUGCACCUUUUCUUCUGGUUCCAUCAGACUAUCCAAAUGAACAAUAACUGUAAUAAACAGUAGCCAUCCAAUAAAUUAGGAGAGAGAGAGAGUUUGUUAUAAAAAUAAAGCAACAUAACAUCUCUUGAUAACAUCCAA